UCCAACGUUGAUAAUAAAUAAAAACAAAAUCUUUAAAAGCUUAAUAUGUUCGGUCCCAAAUGGCAGCUGCAACAACACCACAAUUGUUCAAUCUCACGCGCUCUCCACGCUCCAACCUUCGUCACUUCUCAGUAAACAAUGUUUUUCUUCUUCAUCACCAACCCUUUCCUUCCAAACUCUACUUCAACCAUCGUUCAAAUCUCUCAUUCAUCAAUUGCAAUAGCAAGCUGAAUAAUUCAAGUGGGGGAGAACAUUAUGAUAUGGAUGAAGGUGUUUUUGGGGGGUAUGAUGGAAUUGAAGAGGAUAGUGAUGAGGAUGAUGCAGAGAGUAGUGUUGAUUUGUUGAUAAGAUUCUUGCAAAGUAUGUUUAAGAAGAUGUCUAAAAGGGCUAAAAAGGCAUCUCGUUCUGUUCUGCCUUCAGUUAUAUCUCCUCAGCUUGUUUCUUUUGCUGUUGAUGGAACUUUGCUGCUUGCUUCACUUUCUGUUGUCAAAGCACUUCUUGAGGUCAUAUGCAACCUUGGAGGCACUGUAUUCGCCGCAAUUCUGAUCCUGCGUGUGGUAUUGGCAGCAAUUUCUUACUUCCAGUCUAGUGGGAAUAGUUUCAAUCAAGGACAAGGAGGCAAUUCCUUUGGUGCUAUAGCUUAGACCUCUUCUGCUGUAAAUUUAAUUUGAUGGUAGCUUUCAUGUGAAAUUUUUCUUGAGGUACAUAUUUUAUUUGGUUUAGAUGAAUAAAAGCACCCUUGGUGUUGAGAAAGAAGAAAGUGAUAGAUCAUAUGAAUGAACAUGCGUGACUGAGUUACACAUUGAAGGGUGUGAUGUAUACAAUGAGUCAUAAAUACAAGGAUUUACAAUUAUUUUAGUUA